CCUCCUCCCGCUCCUCCGGGCGCAGCCCCGCGACUCGGCGGCCCGCGCGCCGAGCUGCAGCCAUGGCGGUCGCCGCUGAGGGCGCCCGCAGGAAGGAGCGCGUCCUCUGCCUGUUCGACGUGGACGGGACCCUCACGCCGGCCCGCCAGAAAAUCGACCCCGAGGUGGCCGCCUUCCUGCAGAAGCUACGCAGCCGUGUGCAAAUCGGUGUGGUGGGCGGCUCCGACUACUCCAAGAUCGCGGAGCAGCUGGGUGAGGGAGAUGAAGUCAUCGAGAAGUUUGACUACGUGUUUGCCGAGAACGGAACAGUCCAGUACAAGCACGGACGGCUGCAGUCCAAGCAGACCAUCCAGAACCACCUGGGGGAGGACCUGCUUCAGGACCUGAUCAACUUCUGCCUCCACUACAUGGCCCUGCUCAGGCUGCCCAAGAAACGAGGGACGUUCAUCGAGUUCCGGAACGGCAUGCUGAAUAUCUCACCCAUUGGACGCAGCUGCACCCUGGAAGAGCGAAUCGAAUUCUCUGAACUGGACAAGAAGGAGAAGAUCCGGGAGAAGUUCGUGGAGGCGCUAAAAACCGAGUUUGCUGGCAAAGGGCUGAGGUUCUCCCGAGGAGGAAUGAUCAGCUUCGACGUCUUCCCCGAGGGCUGGGACAAGCGCUACUGCCUGGACAGUCUGGACCAGGACCGCUUCGACACCAUCCACUUCUUCGGGAACGAGACCAGCCCCGGCGGGAACGACUUCGAGAUCUACGCGGACCCCCGCACCGUGGGCCACAGCGUGGCAUCCCCACAGGACACAGUGCAGCGCUGCCGGGAGAUCUUCUUCCCCGAGACCGCCCACGAGGCCUGAGCCGCCUCCCGCCAGCUUUGGACUUCUGGGGAAUUCCCCAGGGCGCCCCCCUGCCGGGUGGAGCACCCCAGGGCCAGGACCCAGUGAGGCCCCUCCGGGUGGGCCUUGCAGCCCCGUCCCGCCCCGCUGCAGCUGCUGCGUCUGCCUUGGACCCACAGCGUCCGCACCCCCGGGAGG